AUGACGCCAAAUAACGUCGCCGCCAACAACAAGCAAGCGUUGCGGGUAUUGCUCAUAGACGAGAACCCCGUGUUCCUGCGGGCGGCAACGGCGUUUCUUCAACGCCAAUCCGGCUUCGUCACCCUUCGCACCGCCGCCAGGAUGGAGGCGGCCUUGGUGGGUGCACGAGACUUUUGUCCGGCAGUGAUCGUCAUCGACCCGUACAACUCCAACUUGCAAGGGCUUGGCGUCAUUCCACGUAUACGGACCGUGUUGCCGCAAGUGGGGAUCGUGGUUCUGGCGCUCAUAGACUCGGCCACCUACAGGGACGCUUCUCUUGCCAUCGGCGCAGACUGCUUCGUGUCCAAGUCCAACAUGGCCGCGGACCUGCUUCCGGCGAUACACCGCGCGGUUCGUGGAGGCGGAGAUCCGUCCCCCGCAGCUGUGGCUCAAAUGGUCAGGGCAAUGGCUGCGUAG